AUGGAUUCAUCAACACCGACUGCCAUCAGCUCGCAUAUCAAGCGAGACUACAGCACACUACCAAACGACGAAUGGGUCAGGGCUUGGUUUGGGAGGAACAGGAAAGAGGGGAAUGAGCGCAAGACCUGGCAUGACCUCACGACGCAACGCGAUUCUGCCCUCCCGUCCGAACCCGACCGACCGGAAAAUUCGCAGCAGCUCGAAAUGACAGCUAUUCGCAUCCUUGAAUCCAGAGAUUGUGUGGCCCCAGGACGACGCAUAACUGAUUAUUUUGCUAUAGGUCGUCUUUCGGAAUACGAGGUCAUUGGGCGCCACUUGCCCACCGAGUCCAACCCGACUCCCGCGUUGUACCGCAUGACCAUCUUCGCUCCCAAUGUCACGGUUGCGAAGUCCCGUUACUGGUACUUCUUGCGUGGCCUGAAGAAGGUCAAGAAGGCCACCGGUGAGAUCGUCAGCGUCAAGGAGAUCCAGGAGAAGCACCCCCUCAAGGUCAAGAACUUCGGUGUCUGGCUCCGCUACGACUCCCGCUCCGGCACCCACAACAUGUACAAGGAGUACCGCGAGAUGUCCCGCACCGACGCCGUCGAGGCUCUCUACUCCGACAUGGCCGCCCGCCACCGUGCCCGCUUCAGGUCCAUCCACAUCCUCAAGGUCGUCGAGCUCGAGAAGGGCGACGAUGUCAAGCGCCCUUACAUCAAGCAGCUCAUCACCAAGGGCCUCAGCUUCCCCCUCCCCCACCGCGUCUCCAAGCUCAACAACCAGAAGAUCUUCAGCGCGAAGCGUCCCACCACCUUCGCAUAA